AACCCUUUCUGUACCCGUUGAGUAUAUAGUCUUAGCCCUAACGCAAUGCAAUCAACAUACUUCUACUUUCUCCAAGGAUUUUAACAGGUGUUUCAUUCUUAUUUAUUCUAUUUCCAAAAUCAAACUUCCCGUCUUGAUUCUACAGCGAGAAAAACAAUAUUUCAGUCAUAAUUUCACCGAGAACUAUUUCUUCGAAAAGUUAGCUUAAAUCUUGGACACUGUUUGGAGAUUUCAACAUAUCUGUACUAAUUGCGAAGUAAUCAGUAAACGUCGCCAUGUUGUUUCGGACUUGGAGCUCAGUUAUUUUAGUGUUUACACUAUAUGUGUGUUUGCUGGAUGCGACAGAGAAUGAAGGUGAUAUUAAGAAACGGGGUGCAGGAACAGAGAGGACUGGGACGUUGGCUUUAAGGACUGGAUCGACUGGACCAACUACACCAGCUACCCCUACAUGUAAAGUAUCCUCAUUAACACUGGUUGGAGAUGAUUCUUAUUAUUAUGCUUGCUGUGAGGGAACAACUAUUACUGGACCAACGGAAGUGGUAAAUUGGGACUGUGACCCUGCGCGGAAAACUUAUGCGACAUUGAACGAGACCAAAGCCUUCUACUGCGGGGGAAUCACAGGCGAACUUAACGCUAGAAAACGAUGUGACGAACGAUGGAAGUGGUUGACAUCUGAGUCAUGUUUCAAGUGGACGGAAUGUUUCCUAGGAGUAUGUCCAUUUGAAGCAGAAAAAAGAGGAUCCUCGGUAGAUGCCUCUUUCUGUGGUGAUGGUCAGUGUGAUGAUGCAACGGAAACACCCGAGGGUUGCCCAGCUGAUUGCUGCGGCAUGAUCAACGAUAACUGUUUAGCGACCAAUAACACCUGUCCUGAUCCAUGCUGCUCAACACCGUCGUGUUGUAAGGCGUCCUUUGGUGCUCUCGACACCUCCCAGGUGUGGCUUAUCAUCAUCGUCAGUGUCGUCGGCUCUAUCCUUCUUAUCAACUUUGUCUGUUGCUGCUGUUGCUUCUGUUGCUUCAGGAAAUGUUGCGGCAACAAGAACAAUGGCAGCAACGCCGUGGUAUGAUCGCUCACACGUCAGCAGCAUUAGUAUGUGCACGGCGAAUGUAGUGUUAAUUUAAGAAAUUGAAUGUAUUCGUCAUUAAGCCCAUUGCACUCUAUAAGAUCAAAAUUACCAUGUAAUUAAUAAAGUGUGUCUAUUUUAAUUUAAGGAUUAAAGUGCGCAUAUCAUCCAAGUCGAUGUUUCGACUGUUCAUUUCAUGUUUAAACUAGAAAUAGCCGGCAGCGGAGUGCACAUUUAUUACAACAAAAUAAUAGAGAGAAGACAAUUACGAAUCAGGACGAUGUUAUACGAUUGUCCGCGAUUGUCCCUGUCGCCAUAUUGUUUUAAUAAGACACGUUCUACACAUUAUGAUGAAAGUUCCAUGUGCAAACAUUUAUUUUGAAAUAAUUGUCCUAAUAAAUGCGAUUUAAAUUGUCCAUAUUUUAUUUAAAUAACGUUAUCAUCGAUUUCUUAAGGUUUACCAUCGUAUAAUAUCACUAACCAAACUACUUUUAAACAGAGUGUUCUGCAUUGCCCCCAAAGAAAAUAUAAAUAUUUCUCUUCAGUUUUAAAGAAUGUUGUCCUUCUUCUUUGCUAACAAUACAAUAUCCUGUUAAAUAGUCUGAUGAACUCAUUGUAUACUGAACACAUUUGUGUAUUGACCUACCCACGUUCCAUUUAAUGUCUUAAUCGGUAAUCAUAAGUUCUUAAAAAA